GCAGUCCCAUCUGGCAACCUCGGCAAAGAAAGUAUCGGGCGAUUUUUUGCUCGCCAUCUGCUUGUCGUCGUUAAAGUGUAUCCGUUGAUCUGUGUAUCGUCGGUCGAGCGUUACCGGCUGGACGCGCAUUCCACCGACACAAACAUACUUAAUUGGCAUACAAACGCAAAGUUCAGACGCUACAACUAACGACCAUGUUCACGGUAUGCGGCGGGUUCAUGAACCUAGGCGCCGGCCUCGCUCGUCGCAUGUGCCGGACCUACACUACGGCCAAGAACAUCGGCAGCUUUCCGGAUUAUGUCAAAGUGGUGGAAGUAGGAGCUCGAGAUGGACUACAAAACGAGAAGGAGAUAGUUCCAACUCAAACCAAGAUUGAACUCAUCAAUCGGCUCUCUGGCUCGGGACUCCCUGUUGUUGAGGCUACUAGCUUUGUUUCUCCGAAAUGGGUUCCGCAGAUGGCAGACCACACAGAAGUGUUGACAGGCAUUCAAAUGCAGAAAGGCGUCAGUUACCCUGUCCUGGUUCCAAACAUGAAAGGUUUCAAAGAUGCACUCGCAGCAGGAGCCAAAGAGAUAGCAGUUUUUGGUGCCGCAUCAGAAACAUUCACUCAGAAAAACAUCAACUGCAGCAUUGAGGAGAGCAUUAAGAAGUUCUCGGAUGUGCUCGAAGCAGCCAGGGACAAUGGGAUCAAAGUUAGAGGGUACGUGUCCUGUGUGGUGGGCUGUCCCUACGAGGGCCCGGUGGCCCCUGAGGUGGUGGCCAAGGUGGCCGGCAUGCUGUACAGGGCCGGAUGCUACGAGAUCUCCCUGGGGGACACCAUCGGGGUCGGCACCCCUGGCACCAUGAGGCCCAUGCUGCAGGCGGUUCUGCAACAGGUUCCCGCCAGCGCACUAGCAGUUCACUGCCACGACACCUACGGCCAGGCGUUAGCCAACAUUCUGACUGCCAUGGCCAUGGGCAUAGCGACCGUGGACAGCUCGGUGGCCGGCCUCGGCGGGUGUCCGUACGCCAGGGGGGCCUCCGGAAACGUGGCCACCGAGGACGUGCUCUACAUGCUCCAUGGCAUGGGGAUACCCACUGGCGUGGAUCUGCAGAAGGUGAUUGGUGCAGGAGAGUUCAUCUGCAAGGCUCUGAACAGGCCGAACAACUCCAAAGUGGCCCGUGCCCUUAGUCGACUUUAACCAAGCCACCUGCCAUUCCAUCAGCAUGCUCUCGCACCUACCUAGGGGAGGGAUGAUUCCGAGUGUUUUAAUAUUUAUGACAAGCUUUCAGCUUAUUUAUUGAUGGGAUGAGGCGAUUUAACUUAUUGUACAACUGAGGACCGAGAUGAAGGUUUUUUUGAAGAUGUGCUUUGGGGGCAGGAGCCGGUAUUGUGAAUGUUUUCUGCCAACAAGCGGCGUUCGCAGCAAUACGUUACGAAAGAAUGUGCGAGCGUCUCCUUGGACGAUAGUGUUUUUGUUUUGCUUAUUUAUUACGGCACAGAGAACAUUGUGUGCCUGAUGCGAUGGCUCACUGGCAUUCCACUUUGAGUCAGGCUGCCAAUUUUACCGUCUAUGCUUCGACAAUCUGAGCUCUACCGAGUUCAUUCCUUUGUACAUACUGUAUAGGAUUUUAUGUUUGAAUAAAUUAAAAGUAAAAUGUUA